AUGUCACUGGAAAUUCGAGUAGGCCAGCGCGUCAUGGUUAAAGACCAACCUGGUAUUGUUCGAUUCUUUGGUUUGACUCAAUUUGCUGAGGGAGAAUGGGUUGGUGUGGAGUUAGAUUCCUCAGCAGGUAGAAAUGACGGAUCAGUUAAUGAUGUGAGGUACUUCACAUGUUUGAAGAAAGGUCAAUGUGGCGUCUUCGUGAGGCCUGCUUUGGUGAAGACAGCUGAUGGUUCAAACCCUGUUGGUAUGAGAAAUGUGGAGGCACUCAUAGAUCGUUUACAGCAGAAGUUGAAGAGGACUCUCACAGAGCUUGAGACUCAAAGAGAGACAGUUGAACAAUUGGAAACCUCAAUUGCUUCGAAAGAUGCAAAGAUUGAAAACUUAGAGUCAACAGUGGAGACAACAGCCGUGGAUUUGGAAUACAUCAAUGCUCAGAAAGAGUCUCUUGAGAACUCUUUGAAGGAGAUCCAGAGCUCUUAUUCGAAGCUCAAAGAGGAAUAUGAAUUUGUUGCCGAGGAAUUGAAUCUAACUCGUCAAUUGGAGGAAGAGGCUUUGGCGCAGGCGCCUUCAGACCUCGAUACUAACGAAGUGGCCAAGCUCAUAAGUCAAAACAAACGACUUGGUGAAGAGCUUGCGAGCCUCAAGCUCACAUCUUCGAAGGAUGUAGUAGACUUGGAUGAAAGGGGGAGGGCUCUCAAUAUUCUUGAAAAUGAGUUUGCUACCUUGAAGUCCUCACACACAUCAACAAAAGAAGCACUUCAGCAAUCCGAAGAGACGAUCAAAAUGCUACAACUGCAAUUAGAAACGAUCUCGUCACUGGAAGAUCUAAUUGAGCACUUAAGUUCUCAGAACGAUAUUUUAUCUGAAAAAGUGAAUGAUCUCACAACCACUAUUCAAGAACUCAAUGAGUUACAUGAAAUUGAUGUUGCUUUGUUAUCGGCUAGCAAGGAGUCUGAAUCCAAACUACAAUGUGAGGUUUCUGGUUUAACGAAAUCAAUGGAAACAUUGCAAAAGACGAUUGAUGGUUUAGCUGAAAACAACGAGAAUCUAAAGAGAAAGCUAAACAAAUAUCUUAGUCGAGAACAUCAUUCUAAGGAAGCCCCGACAUCUUCAAAAGAAACUUUGAACUUCAAGGAAAAUGAUCACAUUAAGACGCUUUUAGCAUAUGCGAAGUCCUCUAGAGGAAAGAUUGUCGACGAAAUAAUCUUGUCUUCCCUACGAAAACAGGUUCGACUCCUUCUUGAAGUGAUAGAUACUUCUGCCGAGGCUCGAGCACUUCUUGAUUUCAUGGAAGGGGCUUCCUUUGGUGUUCAGAAAAUCAUAUUGGGUAUCAACAGGGCUCUAGGACAUUUACUCUAUCUUGAAAUCAUUUUAAGACACAACGUUCUAGACGAUAAGGAACUUAGUCAAUUGAAAUCACAUGUCGUCAAUGCAAGGAAUGAAGUUGAAUAUAUCAAGUCGAAGUAUAUUGAGUCAGAUACAGAAUGUAUCGACAGUUCAAACGUCCUCAGCAGUUUGAGCAAUAUUCGGAUUUUUGACGGACAGUUGAUGAAUACCUUUGCAUCUCAAUACCGAGCUUUGAUUUUCAUUCAGUCGGAGGCAAAUUUCACAUUGCAACUCAUAAGAUUUCUUGAGACUAUCUCGACCGGUAAAAGAAUCGAGCAUCUUGCGAAGAUCUACAAAAGCCUGAAAUCAAUACUGCAAAUUGUUGAUCUUCUUCUCCGGCAAUUCAUCGAUAAUGAACACAAGGAGCUUGAUAAGCCUCUUUUCGUCUAUAGUGAACACUCCUUCACAGUCAAUUCUUCACUUUGGUCAGUCUGCUUGCAAGUGGUGGAGAUCAGAGACGGCGCCAUGACGGACCAAAACGAGCAAAUUACUAAAACCUGGAAUGAAUUCCUUCAACAGUCUGAUGCAAUAAUUUUGGAGGCAGAAGCAAAACUCAAACAUCUAGAGGACCACUUGCACGGGAAAUCAGUCUCAUUUUUACCCGAGAAGCAAAACGAUAUUUUCAGCAAGACCAGCGCUGCCAGAAUAGAGGGACUGAAUGAGCGAGGAUCGCCUGUUGCGGAAUCGAGAAUGAAUAAAGUAAAGGAGUUGGAGCUCAACAUAUCCAUUCUUGAACAGAAUUUGUCGACCACAGGUGAAAAGUUGGCAGCUGCACUGAAAGACAAUGCAAGAACUAUUGCAGGCUUGAAGGACGCAUAUAAGGACCUUGAAGUGAGAUACAACAACUUAACUGAAGAAAAUCAAAUGUUAGAGAAGCAAGCUCGCGAGUACCUCGAUUUGGAGGUACACAAUAUUGUUGGUCAGCAAACUAAAUACUACAAGGAUCUCGCUGCUCAAAAGAAAUACACUGAGGAAUCGAUGCUUUUUGAGGAGAUUUCGUUGUUGAGGAGAAUGAUCAGAGAAGGCCCUUCCCCAUGUCUAUAA